CAUGCCUAUAAAUUAUGUUUAGUAGUAUGUUUUUUUUUCUUGCAAGAAGAUUCGGUUUUUGGGUUCUUGAAAAAAUUGAGGGUUUUUAAUUUAAUAUAUAUAUAAAUGGUGAUGGGAUUUUGGUGUGGGAUUGUUGCUGCUGUGUUUUUGGUCUUCUUGGGCAAAUGGGAUUUAGUUGUUGUUGAGGGUUUUGAAUUUAAUGGUACAGAUUUUUCUUUGUUGGAAUCUCUUUCGUAUCUGGAAUCUGUUUAUGGAGUUUCUGCUGCAUCUCCUCCCCCCGGUGUUCUUAUGGUGGGGCUUACUCUUGUUCAGGGAGCUGCUGCUAAAGGAGCUGUAUGUUUGGAUGGAACCGUACCGGGCUAUCACUUGCAUCGUGGAUUUGGAUCCGGUGCAAACAGUUGGCUCAUCCAGUUAGAGGGUGGAGGCUGGUGUAACAAUAUACGAACAUGUGUUUACCGCAAAAAGACGCGUCGUGGUUCAUCUAAUUAUUUCGAGAAGCAAAUUCCGUUUAUCGGGAUACUCAGCAACAAUGCUGGGGAAAAUCCAGAUUUUUAUAACUGGAACAGAGUAAAGGUUCGAUACUGUGACGGAGCGUCCUUCGCUGGGGAUAGUGAAAAUAAGGCUGUGGGAUUGCAAUUUAGAGGGCAACGAAUAUGGCAAGCUACAAUGGAAGACCUGAUGUCGAAAGGAAUGCGCAAUGCAAACCAAGCACUUCUCUCGGGUUGUUCCGCUGGUGCUCUAGCUUCAAUAUUGCACUGCGACGAAUUUCGAGAAUUAUUUCCGAGACGUACAAAAGUGAAGUGCCUGAGCGACGCUGGAUUAUUUAUGGACGCCACCGAUGUUUCUGGUGGACGCACAGUCAGAGAUUUCUUUCAUGGUGUUGUUAGUUUACAGGGUGUUGGGCGUAAUCUACCAAGAACUUGUACCAACCAUCUCGACCCAACUUCCUGCUUCUUUCCUCAGAAUUUGAUUUCAAACAUAAAAACGCCUCUUUUUAUUCUAAACGCCGCCUACGAUGCAUGGCAGGUCCAAGAAAGUUUGGCUCCUCCGAAAGUCGAUCCUCGUGGCAACUGGGUUUCUUGUAGAAAAAAUAUCGAUAAAUGUUCGGCACAACAAAUACAAUUUUUGCAAGGUUUUAGGAAUACUAUGUUGAAUGCAGUAAGAGGCCUGUCUUCAUAUAGACAAAGUGGAUUAUUCAUAAAUUCUUGCUUCGCUCACUGCCAGUCGGAGAGGCAGGACACUUGGUUAGGAAAGCCUUCUCCUCAAAUCGGCAACAAGGCAAUAGCUUGGGCUGUGGGAGACUGGUAUUUCGAUAGAGCGAAUAUAAAGGCGAUCGAUUGUCCUUAUCCGUGCGAUAAAACUUGUCACAACCUCGUAUUCAGAUGAAUUAAUCGAUUUUUUUAUAAUUUUUUUUCUCGUCAAAUUAAAUUUUUAUUACAUAUAUAUAUAUAUAUAUGUGCUCAUUAGUGAUCCUCAACUACUACUACCAAUUGAUGUUGUAAUUGUGAGAGAUUAGCCAUGUUAAAGGGUAAUAGUGCAAUAAUGUUGAGUGAAAUUUUAUGUCUCUUGAUGUACUCAUUUUGUUCUAUUAAAGGAGAAACAAAAAGGGUAAUUGACCAAGAAUUUUUUUAUUAUAU